GGAGAGACCAUCACAGCUUGUCUCAGACAAUGUCGUGUUCAUCGGACAUGCAAAGACAAGACAUCUCGAUCCCUUUAUUAUAAAUACAGACGCGUCGCAGAACUCCAAAUUCCGUCCUCCAGGCUCAGACAGCACUGUUCCAACUCCCUCUCAAUCUUCAAUCCUCUCUCAACCCCUUGACUUGGGCCUACUUCACGGUUCUAAGGCAUCACUUCCAACCUUCACCACGGUUGCCUCUCAAAGUACCUCGAGCUCCACGAGGACCAGGAAUUUUCAGCAUUCCAGGAUUUGUGAUAGUAAUCACGAAAAUAUGCCUUCAACAAAGUCUUUUCUGUCCUGGAAGGCAUUGGCCCUCAUCGGACUCCAGAUCGUCGCUGCUAGUCCGUUGGGACCCGGACGACCUCGAAGAGCUGCAGCCAAACCCAAGACUACCAAGCCACGAGCCACGUGGAAGCCAAGUGUCGGCGACACGUGGCAAAUUGUGCUCCAAGACCCCAUCAAGGUCAACAAGAAGACGCUCUCGCCCAAUGUCAAAGUUUGGACCCUGGACAUGUACGACAAUGACGCCUCCACUUUCAAGGCUUUGCAGGACGCCGGCAAGAAGGUCAUUUGCUACUUCAGUGCCGGAUCUUGGGAGGACUGGCGAGACGACGCCGACCAGUUCAACGACUCUGAUCUUGGAAACGACAUGGAUGGAUGGGAUGAUGAGCGCUGGCUCAACACUCGCAGCACCAACGUGCGCAACAUCAUGAAGAAACGCAUUGCUUACGCAGCCAGUAAGGGGUGCAAUGCCAUUGAUCCCGACAACCUUGACGGCUAUGGAAAUGACACUGGUAUGAACCUGUCGAAAGCCGAUUCUAUCAACUACAUCAAAUUCCUCGCCAAGACCGCGGCCGCUUACAACAUGUCCAUUGGUUGCAAAAAUAGUCCCGAGAUUGUUGCGCAAGUUAUAGGCUCUGUCGACUUUGUCACUGUCGAGCAAUGCGUUGAAUACGACGAAUGCGACGCCUACGCGCCUUAUAUCAAGGCUGGGAAGCCUGUCUUCCACAUCGAAUAUCCCGACUCGCCCAAUUCAAUGUCCACUGCGUCAACCAACAGUAUCUGCACUAGCGCGACCAAAGGAUCAAGCACUUACGGAUUCACCACUGUUAUCAAGAAGUUGGCGCUAGAUGGCUGGGUCAAGUAUUGCGGAGGAUCACAAGUCUACACCACCAGUGUUCAGUCGAAGUGAGAUUGGUUAUGUUUUCAGUAUGGAUGCCUAUUGGCUCUCUACUGUGCAUUUCAUGAUGAUACGAACGGGUAUUCAGUUAUUAGCAUUACGAUGAUAUAAUUAAUAAUUUAAUUGAUGUGAAUUUAACCG